CAUCACGACCUUGACGCUACAUCUAAUGACGACCCGACUCGUCUCAGCAUCUCUGAGACGCACUUUGCGACCACAGGCUAUCGUAUCCCCGGCUCAAACCCUCUUCACGCCCUCCCCCGCACCCCGACUGGCUACCCGGAGCCCCGUGCUGGGACUCGGAACCACCAACCGCGCAAUGUCAACCACUGCCCAGCCUUUGCGGCCCGCCGCCGACCCAGCAGACGACAUCACCGAGUCGUAUGGCGGUGCAGCCAACGUUGCGCAUCUGCGCCGCGUGGCGCGCGACUUCCGCACGGACACGAUCACGAUGCCGACCGACGCGCAGGUCGCGUACGCGGCGCAGGCGUCGCGCGGGGACGACGUCGAAGGCGAGGACCCGACCACCACUGCGCUGGAGGAGCGUAUCGCGCGGCUGGCGGGCAAGGAGGCCGCGCUGCUCUGUCUCUCGGCGACGAUGUGCAAUGCGCUGGCGGUACGCUCGCACCUCAUGCAGCCUCCGCACAGCAUCAUCGUCGACGCGCGCGCACAUACCUUCAAGAACGAGGUCGGGGGCGCCGCGCUCUUCUCGCAAGCGACGAGCCACGCCUUGACACCACGAAACGGGCUGUACCUCGUCCGCGAGGACAUCGAGGAGCGGCUGGAGCUCGGUAACGACGUGCACAUCGCCCCGACGCGCCUCAUCAUGCUCGAGGACACGCUGAACGGCGUCGUAGUCCCCACGGAGGAGGUGGAGCGCAUUGCCGCCCUGGCGGGCGAGCACGGGAUUCUGCUGCAUGUCGACGGGGCGCGCGUGUGGAACUCGGCCGCGGCGGCAAUUGAGAGGAGUGGAGGGGUGCAGGACGACGCUGCGCUCGGGACGGCGCUCGCGAGCAUCCUCGCACCGUACAGCACCGCGAGCUUGUGUCUCUCAAAAGGACUCGGCGCGCCACUGGGAUCGGCGCUCGUCGGUCCCAAGAAUGUCAUCGACCGCGCACGCUGGUUCCGCAAGGCGUUCGGCGGCGCGUGGCGGCAGAGCGGGCACGUCGCCGCGCAGGCCGACUGGGCGAUCACGCACCACUUCCCACGACUCGCGCAGACGCACAAGCUCGCGCGGAGGCUCGCGGACGAGCUGCGAGCCGCGGGGUGUACCAUCCUCGCGCCGGUCGACACGAACAUGGUCUUCUUUGAUGCAGCGCCACUCGGUCUGAGUUUCAACAAGCUCAAGGCUGCCCUCGCGGUGCUCGACGAGCCUAUCACGCUGGGGUCGAACCGCCUCGUCGUGCACCACCAGACUAGCCCCAAGGCUGUGGCGGACCUCGUGGAGACAAUCAAGUCGCUCGCGGGGAGCGUGAGCGAGGAGGAGAAGGCCAAAGUUAGGAGUCAGAAGCCUGCCGAGCUCGGAUACCGGUAG